AUGUAUAACAGUGACCAGUUGCAAGAGCAAUCAUCUGAUACCGUCAACACCAAUGAUAAAAAGCAACUCAGCAGAGAUUUGCUGCAAAAAGUGGUAUACGAAGAAACUUCCGAAGCGUUACGAGAUUUUGCAACGCCGACAUUGCAAAUACGCGCAACCAACUGCAUAGAAGAAGCCUUCCGCCGGCCCGGCACGCCUAUCGAAUACAUUUUUAGCCGUUUCGUUUCGGAUGAUUCGGAGGCAAGAUUGGACGUGGACAACAAUAGCACUCAGUCCUAUUGUAUGCACACCGUCGAUUUGGAGUUUAGACAUGUUGUCAGAUCAACACAUAUUGACAAGAGUAUAGAAGCGAAGAGAAAAGUAAUACGAAUGCUUUUCGUCAUAAUAUUGGAGUUCUUCGUUUGCUGGACGCCAUUACACGUCAUUAAUACGAUCUACUUAUUCUACCCAGAUGAGCUCUACCAGUACAUAGGACCUAAAGGAGUGGUUUCAUUACAACUUCUGGCUUACUGCUCCUCUUGCUGCAACCCCAUCACCUACUGCUUCAUGAACAGGAAGUUCAAGCAGGCCUUCAUCAGCCUCAUCAAGUCCUUUCGGAUAUUUGGGGCCUGCUUCUCUGAGAAGUUGGAAUGUAAACAGGCGACGCCUCCUCCAGUGAGUUCGAGCCAGGACGCUACUGCCUGCGUCAUCAGGGGCAGCCAUACUGGACGCACAGAACUUGACCGGGGGUAUUUAAGCGGAACUGCGGCUCACCGCUGGCAGUUGAGUUCUAAGUCUAAAGCGAUUCGGAAGAAAAGGAAGAAGUGA